AUGCGAAAAGGUAUAUUUCGCAUCCUGGUCUUCGCCGUAUGUCUCCGACUUUCUCACGCAAGACUACUCCUGUUCUGGGCUGUAGAUAGCAGCAAGAGGACGCAGGACAUGGUGAAGCAAAAUGUCCGCCACGUAGAAGAUGCUGGAAUUCCACACGACGUCAUCCUGGCACACUACCGUGGUUCUCAGAACGACUGGGAUCACACCUGGUACCAGGAGCAUGUUUCGGAAUCUCUGGUUGACAAAGGCUACAAGUUCCGUCUCAUGCAGAAGGCUUACAAGGCCGUGCGGCUUUGGGAGGGGCGGAAGCUGAGGCUGUACUUAGAGCACCUGAAGCAGGGCUUGAGCUUCCGUUUGCUGGCUUGGCGAGCUUUUGGCCAGGACGGACUUUGGGAGAAGCGCUACGAGUUCAUUUGGGCCCUGGACAGUGAUAUUGACCUGUCAAAGGCUGGCCGAGACAUCAAACAGAACGCAGACCUCCCUCAUUUCUUGGAGAUGGCCCGGCUCAGCCGCUCUCCCAUCGUCGGCCCGACAUUCGUCCAAGCCGACGGUAAGCCUUUGGUGCCUUUGCUGCUCCAGGAGCACAGCGCUGUGGUCCGCCGGGAAGGCCAUGCUCCUUCAAGAGGCAGCCGCAGACAUGCCCAGCAGAUCAGCGGUCCGAAUGUCAUCCAAAGUCCUGAUCUAGGAUGUGAUUUCCGGCACACGGACUUCGUGGAGCUCACUGCGCCGCUUCUCAAAUCGGAAGUGCUACAGCUUGUUCUUCGGGAUUGCCGCUCAUGCAUCCAAGACAAAUCGGACUGGGGAUUGGACAUGAUGUGGUGCAAAUAUGCAUCCAAGAGGUUGAAGAAUCAGGCAUGUGCCUUGAUAGAUUCAGCUCCAGUUGUCCACUUGGAUGCUCAGCUGCAACUUACAGACCAAUCAGCAGAACCCUGUGGUGCAAUUUGUAUGCGCCGACUAUGUGCCCCCGAAACCCGAAUCAAGCCCGAACUACUUCCCUAG